AUUUUCACCAUUUUAGCCGAAAACACCAUCUAGAAAAACGCCAUGCCCUUCGUUAGUUCGUAUCUGCCCCAAUUGAUUGCUAGGGAAAUUCUCUCCAACAGAAAGUAAUCUGGUUCAGAACUUCAUCUAUCGGUCAUGGAACACUAUCCCCUGCCCCGAUAUGUUUCGACGCCAGUUCCUUUUUCAUCGUAGAGUUAAAAUCUUCAAUUUGAUUUUGUGUAGAAACUACAAAAAAGAAAGCAAGCAAAAGCAGCACUGCUCCUCUACCAUUUCCGGGAUAACUUUCCAUUUAGGGAAAUGAGAACUUUCCAUUGGGACAUCCAAAAAAGGAAAGUGGGAACAUUCCAACGGGACGGAGGGAGUAUGUCUCAUCCUAGACUUAUUUACAAGUGUGAAUAUAAUUUAAUAUUUUGUAUGAGAUAUUGUACAAAUAUACGAAAAUAAUAUGUAUCAUAUACAAACUCAAUUUGUUGAUUUGUUCACUAUAAUAGAGAUACUAAAUUAUUUCUAAGAAUUCUACAUUAAAUAUUAAUAUGUAGCAAUGAGACUGUAAUUAGAUAUCUUUAAUAAUUUAGAAGGGAUGGAAUAGUCAAUACAAAAGGAAUAGUAGUGGGAAUAAUAUUACAUAUUUUCAUAAUGUUUAAAGGAGGAGGGGGCCCAGAAUUGUAAACUAAAGCAAUAAAGCCACAUUAGAAAAAGAUUUAAAUGCAUUAAUGUUAAAGGAGGCGUACCCGGAAAUGGUAGAGGAGCAGUGCUGCUUUUGCUUGCUUUCUUUUUUGUAGGUUCUACACAAACUUCAGCAAGAACUGCGUAUUACAAAAUACAUCAAUUUAUGAAUUCGAGAUACAUAAGUCGGGCAUUAUAUUUAGUCUACAAAAACUGUUCUUUUCUUUUAGAAAUGCACCUUCUUAAAAUAUACGGAGUACUACGUAUAAAGUAAUUACUCCCUCCGUCCCCGAAAGAAGUUCCCGUUCGGUUUACGAUGUUUGACUGACGAUAAAACAACUCAAUCCCUGUGCACACCUGGAUUAUUUUUAGUAAAUAAAAUUUACAUAUUCAGAAACUACAUUAAAACCGCUACAAAGCCUGAUCAAGAAAAUUUAAGUUUGAUAAAAAUUUGAUAUAUAAAGUAAAGGAUUAGGAGUGACUCAAGUUGACCAAUGAAUAGUGACUGAGAACUUUUUUCGGAGACGGAGGGAGUAUUAUCUAAAAAACUAAAUUUCUCACAACCUUCACCUGAGACAUUUCACCUAAAAAGUUUUUUAUAUCCACAAAUGAAUUUGAUGAACAUGUUCAUCAAAUUUUUUCACCCAGUUCAGUGAUCCUCCAGAAGACCGAAAGUGCGGUCCCAUUCCGAAAUCAAACCUAGUACAACCCAAGUAGGGUAUCGGGUCCCACGUAUAGGAAAGUCGGAACCAAAAUCUGCUAGUAUCGGUCGAUCUGAACGGUUAGUUUGACGAAUUCUUUUCUCAUUUCCCUAUUGGUUGACAACUCAACGCUCUUUUAGAACUCUUCGCAUUAAAAAGUGAAUAUUGACUUAACCGAAAUUGAAAUGUCGGGUCAUUGACUGGUCGUCGGACAGGGACCGUCCGGUCGUUGAUCGGACUGGAUAAGGAUCAUCGGGUCAUCGAUGGGACAGGAUAGGGACCCAUGGGUCAUCGACCGGACCGGACAUGGACUGUCAUGGACCAGACUUGACUGGGGAUUGCCGAGUCAUGGACCGGACGGGGACCACUGGGUCGUCGACCAGAUCGGACAGGGAUUGCUCGGUCGUCGACAGGACCGGACAGGGACCGUCGGGUUAAUGAUCGGACCGGACCGUCGGGUCGUUGACCCAGACCAGGUAGGGACCGCUGGGUUAUUGACCUUACCAGAUGGGGAUCGUCGAGUCGUUGACCUAACCGGACAAGUGUCGUCGGGUCAAUGAUCGAACUGGACCGCCGGAUCGUUGACCGGACCAAAUAGGGACUGUAGGGUAGUUGAUCGGAAUGGAACCGACACCGGAGCGGGAUAGGAAUGGAACCGACACUGAAGCGAGACUAGAUCCAUAGGCGUAAAUGUGCAAAUUCAUUUCAGCGGCACUGUAGCACAUGCGUUUUCCAAAUUUGGAAAACUAGUAAAAGUCAAUUCUCCAAUUCAGUAAGGAAAAGAGAUACAUGUAUCAUUUUAUUCGUUUUGGAAAACGAUUUGGUUGCAGUCUGACAACCUGACGGUCUAGUCCGCCAAUUGACCCGACGGUCCGUGUCUGGUCUGGUCGAAGAUUGAGUAAUCCUGGUCCAGUUCGGUCGAUGACCCAAUGAUCCCAGUCCGGUCGACAACCCGGUGGUCCCUGUCCGGGUCGGUCCAUGACCCGGUGGUCCCUGUCCUGUUCGGUCCAUGAUCCGACAGUCCCUAUCUGGUUCGGUCCAUGAUCCGACGGCCCCUGUCCGGUCCGAUUGAUGACCCGACAGUCCUUGCCCGAUUUGAUCCACGAUCAGGCGGUACUUGUUCGGUCCAAUCGACGGCCGAGUAGUCCCAGUCCUAUCCGGUCUAGUCAACGAUACAAUUGUACCCGUUUGUUCCAGUCAAUUACCCAACGCUCCCUGUCCUGUCCAGUCAACCACCCGGCGGUCCCUUUCCUUUCUUGUCCGAACAACGACCCGAGGGUUCCCAUCCUGCCCGGAAAAUGACCUGAUAGUAUGUGUUUGGUCUGAUGGACAAUUGGGCAGUCUCUGUCCAGUCCCGUAAACGAAUCGGUGGUCCCUAUUCGGGCCGGUCAAUAUCCGGCGGUUCUGUCUCAAUUUUUUGAAGAGUUUUAAAAUACCUGUUUAGUUGUCAACCAAUAGGGAAAUGAGAAAAGAAUUCAUCAAACUAACUGUUGAGAAUGAUUGAGACUGAUCGUUUCGUCAUGUACAGCUUGUACUGUUUCAAACUUUUUCCCGUAUUCUUCGAAAAACAACUUGACACUAUUAUCUUCUUCUUCAUCUUCAAACAUAGGUGGGUCUUCAAAAGCAUCAGAAAAUUAUAGAUCUAUUUGAGCUGUUGAUUAUAGUUACACUCCAUCUAAUCUAUGCUGCAAUUACAAUAUAAGCAGAACAUGCUUUAGAAAUUGCAAGGUGUAGCCAGGUUGACAAUUCAUUCAUUAUUGACCCAAGCAAGGUUUCCACCACUGAGAAAGAGUCAAUUAUGCCUCGUCAUCACUCUAUUUCUGAAUUGUUCAAAUUGACUCCCGGGAGUAGAGUUAUAGCACUUGGUCGCUAUCACGAGGAGUGUGAUAUUAUGGCUUCACCGGGUAAUAUCAGUCUUGAACAAUGCAGAUUUGACUGUAAAGAGCUCUUGAGAUCAACUUGCAGAAUUACAAAAUGUGGCAUUGGAGGACCAUUAAUCAAUCGCCAUGCAGAGGUAAUUGGAGUCAGAGUUUUCGCAUCGUAUUUCACUCCUUUUCUACCGAUCAACAUAGUUUCCAAGUGGUUAAAGCACUACAGGGAAUUUGGGGAAGUAUUGUCGUCCUUGGCUUGGAAUUGAAUUAGUAAUCUUUUCACUGUUGAAGUGUGCAUCUGGGAAAGGAUUAUCCAAAAGUUUUGCGAUUUAAAAAAUGGCAUUAUAGUUGAUGAGGUCAGGUCAGGCCGGUUUCUGCGCUAGUCAUGUUCCUUGAUUUGCAUGAUCGCCUUGCAAAAGAAAUCAUGUAAUGGAUCUUUCCAUUGUACCAAAAAUAUCAAUCAUGAAUGGGCUAGUAAACAUCUCAACUCAUGGAUAUUGACAUAUCGCAUGAUCAUGUGGGAAAAAAUCAACCUAUGAUUGUGAUAGUUUCAGACUGUUUCCAAUGAAAGCUGUGAAGGGAAAGGGGCAUCUGGUGUGAUUGCGUAAACAUUACCACUGAGCUUUUUUUGCUUGAAAUUGUAGUGUUAAUUAUUUUAUACGAUUCAUUAAUUUGUCCUAUGAAUUUUACGGCAGUGAUCCUAACUAGUUGGGAUUAAGGUGCUAAACAGCUAAUAGUAAGGAUCAGUAUGUAUUAUCUUUCCAUAUUAAUGAAUUACGUAGGAUUGCUUUAGGGCAAACACCUCUAG